AAAGACUAUGACAUGAAAGACAUGCCUACCCUUGUAAUCUUCUUCACAACGGGUAUGGAAUUCGCAUAAUCAGAAUGUAAUCCACGAGUGUGGUCAAAGAUGAAAUCCUCAGGUGGGGCCAAGGAGCGGUGGGCUGUUUGUUUGUAGGAAUGGAAUAGAUAGGAUGGAGCAGAGUCUAUACUCUUCAUCAUCGGGAGUUGCAGGUGCUUGAGCGCUGCCACGUUGCAGCUCUCUCUUUCGUCACUCCAGACUAGCAAGCACCUUCAACAGCCAGACGUCUCUUUUCUAGACUAAUACUUCAGUGAUGGCAUUCGCUUGAGAUUCUCUAGUUGAUUUAGAUGGUAUGCACUAGUCCAUUGGGGUCAGUGAUUGUUGGAGCUCGACAUUUUGGGAUUCUUCAAUCUCCUCAUGUUGUAAGCUGUGCAUUGGGAAGGAAGAUUAACCAUUCUGUUCAAAUUUUGAUUUCAACUAGAGAAAUAAGUCAUAGUAUUUGGGAUUGCAUAUUUAGAACAAGAAGAAAGAUGAUGGUAGAUACUGGUUCAACAGCCAAACAAGGACCAGUUGUGGAUGUUAAUUCUGAGAAGGAUGACGAUUCUAGUUAUGCUAGUGGAGGAUGGAAGAGUGAAGAUGGAAGGUUGAGUUGUGGUUAUUCUAGCUUCAGAGGAAGGAGAGCAAGCAUGGAGGACUUUUAUGAUAUUAAGAGUUCAAAGAUUGACGGACAGACUAUUUGUUUAUUUGGGAUAUUUGACGGCCAUGGGGGCUCAAGGGCAGCUGAGUAUUUAAAGAAAAAUCUGUUCGAGAAUCUGUUGAAGCAUCCUGAGUUUGUAACAAACACAAAAUCAGCUAUAAGUGAAACAUAUCAACAAACAGAUAGGGAGUUUUUGGACUCAGAAAAAGAUACUCUCCGUGAUGAUGGUUCUACUGCAUCAACAGCAGUUUUGGUUGGGAAUCAUCUAUAUGUUGCCAAUGUUGGAGAUUCAAGGACCAUUAUCUCAGUAAAAGGAAAAGCAAUUGCUUUGUCUGAUGAUCAUAAACCAAACAGAAGUGAUGAGAGAAAGAGGAUUGAAAAUGCUGGUGGUAUUAUUAUGUGGGCAGGCACUUGGAGGGUUGGAGGGGUGUUGGCAAUGUCCCGUGCCUUCGGUAACCGCAUGUUGAAGCAGUUUGUUGUGGCCGAACCUGAGAUUCAGGAUCAAGCAAUCGAUGAAGGACUAGAGUUGCUUGUGCUUGCCAGCGACGGGCUAUGGGAUGUGGUGCCGAAUGAGGAUGCCAUUUCGCUGGCAGAGUCAGCAGAGUCGCCUGAAGCGGCUGCUAGGAAGCUGACGGAGACUGCUUUUGCCCGAGGCAGUGCCGACAACAUCACCUGCAUUGUGGUGAAGUUUUCUCACCCCAUGAAGGCAGAGGAGCCGGUCGAGGGAGCCGAGCAGGGCAAAGCUGAUGAUGGGGAGCCAGCUUCUGCGCCUGCAGAAAAAGAAAAUUUAUAAUUUAAUAAGUUAGGAAAAUUCAACUUAAACUCUAGCUUAAUGGUAAAGAUCGAAUGGCGGGACAUAUUUGUUCAUUCAUUUCUUUUUGGGUCCCUUUCGUUUAUAAUUUGAUAUUUUUCUUGUUAUGUUAUAUUUUUUCUUCUUCUUGUAAUAGAAAUGAAACUGUAUUUGUUAUUUUGCUUGAGAGAGUUUGUGCUGAUUCCCGCCACCCUCUGUAGAGAUAAAUUUGUGAUCAGUUAAAACUUAAAAAUGAC